AGCCUCUUAAAAUAGCAGUCUCCUUCAAUGGCGAGUUCUUCAUGACCAAACAAACGCCAUUGAUGUCGACAAAAAUAGCUUAACUCUUACGUAAAAACACCUCAUCCAAAUGAAAAAGUUGGAAAAUUUUACGGUAGCAAUGGCGUCUUCUCCCUGUUCCUCCUCCUCCAACCCAUCUGUUCUCGUCUUAUCCGUACUGCUCUUCCUCCUCCUCGCUCCUCUCUCUCUCUCCCGCAAGACGCCGUCGCUACCGGCGAUCCCCGAUAUCUUAUCCCACGGCGGAUCCGUCUUCAACGGGACCCUUGAUCUUUCCCUCCUCUGGUACGGACGAUUCACCAGCUCUCAGAAGGAUCGGAUCCACGAUUUCAUCGAGUCGCUCAACUUCAAUGCCAAGGAAGGUCUGGACCCGAAGGUCUCCAAAUGGUGGCGGGUGGUGGAGAGCUACCAGAUCGCCGGAAAAAUCUCCGACGGAGUUGCCCCGAGGAUUCCGGUGAAAGUUACCCGGAGCUACGCCGACGAGGAGAUGAAAUACGGCAAGGAACUGACGAGCGAGAGUAUUGAGAAGCUGGUGGAGACGGCGACGGCGGGCGGAGGAGACAAUAAUUCUGGCGUAGUUCCGGUGAUAAUGGUAUCAUGGGACGUGAAGGUUGAAGGGUUCUGUAACACGACAUGCCAAAGACACGAACUCAUCGGAGAGAAGCAAGCUUAUAUAGUGGUGAGCAACCCAGAGGUGGAAUGCCCUGGGACGUGUGCAUGGCCGUUUCACACGGCCGACAAGGGUCCACAUGGCAUGACUUAUCAGCCGCCAAGUGGCGAUCUGGGUGCCGACGCUAUGGUUCUCCAGCUGGCAACCGCCAUGGCCAACUACGUCACCAACCCUACCCUCACCGGAUUCUUCUUCACUCCAGAAAGCUCCGACGACGGCGUCGUGGAGGUCGCCACCGCAUGCCCCGGCAUUUUCGGGUCGGGUGCCUUUCCGGGUUUCACCGGAAAAAUCAGGAUCGAUCCGGCGACCGGAGGAGCGUUUAAUGCUCAUGGGGUUAAACACUUGAAGUUCUUGGUCCCUGCUCUUUGGAACCCUAAGACCAGCUCUUGUUGGACUCCCAUGUAAUCAGUGAUCAUCCCCCUUUUUCAUUUUUAUUAACUAAUUAUUAUUAAACGAAUUUAAAUUUAUGGACAUUUGAAAAUAAAUAAUUUGAUCGAUUUAGAAUUUAGCUGAAUUUUAAUAAAAUUGUCUCAUUGUUUAUCCAAUAAAAUAUCCAUAUGUGAUAUAACUUAACCGUUAGAACUAGAACAUUCAUAAGCCCGCUGAACGUUCCGGCCCAAGAGAAUCACAAAACCGGUUUAGUCCGGUACGCAUUAUCGUGUACCAGAAGAAGAAAGUCCCCCCCAAAUAAAAAGAGAAAGAGGGAUGAUAGCGAAGUUUCAUUCGGAUCUGUUUUCGGGGAAAGUCUGGGUUUUGUCUCCAAUUUCUAUUGCAGAAGGCAUAUCCGGAUCGUGGGUUCGGUUGGAGUAAGCGAAAAUAUCUCUCUUGCUGUUGUUUUUUCUUCGUCUGUUGCGGAUAUUUUUUUGUGUGAAACCUCGGUUUCUGAUGUUGUGGAAUAAACGUUUUCGGCCCAGAGAUUUCUGGGUUUUUUCUCCGAA